AUGUCCUUCGCCGUCCUGGUUCUCAUCGUGGACGGGUUCCCUCCCUGCCUGUGCCCAAGCGGGUACAGUAGCCUUGCUGGGGGACAGGGACAGCAGACGAGAGGAAGGAGCGCCCUGGCGGGAGGGAGAGCAGGGAAGCGGGCUGCGCGCGGGUCGCGGGGAGGGCGGGGCCCUGACGCGCGCUCUUCUCUUACAGCCUCGGCGGACAGGGAAGCUGGGCUCCCGAAGGCCACGCUGAGCCUCGAGCCCCCGUGGGUCAACGUGCUCCAGGGGGACAACGUGACUCUGACCUGCAAGGGAGCCCCCGGCCCUGGGAGCCCCUCCACCCGCUGGUUCCACAACGGCAACUCCCUGGAGACUCAGGCCCAGUCCAGCUACAGCCUCACGGCCAGCACCAGUGACAGCGGGGACUACACGUGCCACACGGCCCAGACCAGCCUCAGCGACCCCGUGCAUCUGGACGUGAUCUCGGGGUGGCUGCUGCUCCAGACGCCCCGCCUGCUGUUCCAGGAGGGCGAGUCCAUCAUGCUGAGGUGCCACAGCUGGAAGGACAAGCCUCUGUACAAGGUCACGUUCUUCCAGAACAAAACAUCCAGAAAGUUUUCCAACAAGAACUUCUUCUUCUCCAUCCCACGAGCAAACGGCAGCCACAGCGGCGAGUACCACUGCACGGGGUUCAUAGGGAAGAUGCGGCACUCGUCACCACUCGUGAGCAUCACUGUCCAAGGUGGGGACCGAGGCUGGUCAGGGAAGCUCGGGCCUUGGAGGGUGGACAGGGCAAAGACUGUCGGUCCGUUUCUGACUUCAGUACUUGUGUUCUCCUGAGUGGGCGUCUCUGACAUCAGGAGUCCCUCAAAGUCUGAGCCGUACCCGAUUGCUGUGUGGGCUGCAGCUCUGUUCCCGCUCCCUCCUCAGGGAGUAUAGAAAUGGGUGUCCUUCACCUGGAGUUUUACCUCUCAAGGGACAUAAGCUGACUUUUCAUCCUCCCAAAUUUGUGUACUUCUUUUCCACCUCAUUCAGAUCACUCCACCUUGUCACAUGCCCAUCUGUCUCUAGGAUUCUGAGGCCUACUUGUCUCUCCCCACGCACCUUCUCGGCCUAGGCCCAAAUCUCAGCUCGGGGCAGCCACGCUGGCACGAGAGUUUCCCCACAUACACAGAACUAGGCCCUGACUGCUCUUGAGAGGUUGUGCAUCCUGAGACCCAGGUCAUGCCCUUUCAGGGGACAUUGCAAGCUGUUUCUGCCCCACUAGAGCUGGACAAUGAACAGCGCCCAGUCUCUGGCUCAGGGGGUUGGUGAGAAGCACAGCCGAUGUGGUCUGCAGGUUCUCUGCCGUCCCCAAAGGCUGUGCCCUGGUCAGAGGACUCCUCAAGAGGCUUUUCAGAAGGAAAGGUCUGUGCUCAAAUUAAUGCAGGGCAUGCUGUGUACUCAGUUCUCUUUUUAUAUUCAUGAUGCACGUCAAAGGUUUCAAGAAGCCCUGUUGUAAAAAAAAUAAAUAAAUAAAAUAAAAAACAAAACUUUUAAACCAUAAAA